GCGGGCGCUGUUCGCGGCAGGCGGCCAGCGGCGUCGGCGGCGGAGCGCGGGGCGCGUGGCGGAGCGUGGUUGCUAGGGACACCUGAGGUCGCCCGCUCGCCCAGCAGGCGCAGCGAGGAAGCAGCGCGGAGCUGGUGCCAAGCCGCGGUGAAGCAGGGUACCCUAGGCUGACAGAUACAAGGAUGCAGCUGGUGCUAGAGGUGUGUGGCAGCUUACCUGAGCCAGGCCAUGAGGCUAUGUUGCCAUGAUGUGGGCCCCUCAUGGCCUCAGCAGGAACAGAACCCUACAAUAUUGGCCUGCGCCGAGGAAACAGCUUCAAGCAGAGACAUCCCUCAGGCACAGUGUCUGCUUCACCACCUGAGAAACCCUCAGAGGUCAAAGUCUGGUCUCAGGCCCAUCAGCAGGUGAAGCCAAUCUGGAAGCUGGAAAGGAAGCACGUAGGCACUCUGUCAGCGGGGCUGGGCACCAGUUUCUUGGGAGUCCCACCCCAGCCAGCCUAUUUCUUUUGCCCUAGCACUUUAUGUAGCUCUGGGACCACAGCUGUCAUUGCAGGUCACAGCAGUCCCUGCUACCUGCAGUCUCUCCCUGACUUGUUCAGCAACACUCUGUUGUACCGCCGCACCAACGUGAGGCAAAAACCGUAUCAGCAACUGGAAUCUUUCUGCGUGCGUUCCAGCCCAUCAGAGAAAAGAUCGUUUUCUCUCCCUCAGAAGGGUCUCCCUGUCAGUGUCACUGCCAAUAAAGCCACAUCUUCUGCAGUCUUCCCCAUGGCCCAGCCCAUGGCGUCUUCACCCACUGAUCCAUACCUCUCACUGGCAGCAGCUGGGGAAAAUCCUUCAAGGAAGAGCUUGUCCUCAGCCAUCUCAGGGAAGAUUGCAUCUCCUCCACUGUCCUCCUAUAAGCCCAUGCUGAACAACAACUCCUUCAUGAGGCCAAAUAGCACUAAAGUGCCCUUAUCACAAGCCACAGAUGGCCUGAAGCCAGUAUCCUCACCCAAGAUCCAACCUGUCUCCUGGCAUCAUUCAGGGGGUACUGGAGACUGUGUACCCCAGCCUGGUGACCACAAGGGGCCCCAAAGCAUUGGCACUGUCUUAGAUGAUGCCACCGCCCCUACCACCUUAUCUACCCCUAGUACCUUCAACAUAUCCACAGCCAGUGUUACCUCUUCCCAGUGCAGUCAGAGUAACUUUAGGAUGGAGGCACAUCCCUAUGGCCUGGAGGAGAACUCGGAUUCCCAGAGCGCUGCUAAAGAGGUACACUUCACUGAGGCUGUGAGGAAGUUGACUGCAAAAGGCUUUGAGAAGAUGCCACGGCAAGGCUACCAGUUUGAACAGGCUUGUUUUGUGAAUCCCAGCUUCCAGUGGGGUCUUCUCAACAGAAGCAGGCGGUGGAAACCUCUGAUGGGUCAGCGGUUUCCUCAGGAGGACAUUGGAUUAGACAGUGGGAUCCUUCCUGGUGCCUCAGACACCUUGGGGUUGGACAGUACAGUCUUUUGUACCAAAAGGAUCAGCAUUCACCUCCUUGCCUCGCAUGUCCAUGGGCUCAACCCCAGUCCUACCUGUGGGUCUGUAGUUGACCCCCAAUUACUUGGAGAAGACCGAGCUCCUGUUCCCCCUUCUUCCCUCCAGCCUCUAGGUGUAGCUGACGUGGCCACUCGCCUUUCUUCUGUCCAUCUUGACCAGCCUGGGAAGGAACCUGAGGAAGCCAAGGAGCUGAGCUCAUGUGCUGGGGAUAGCCGUUCAGCUACUGACCUCCGGCCAAACCAGGUGGAGCCUGAAGAUACAGAAGAUGAACUAGGUUUGGAAGAUAGCUGCAGCCAUGAUGAAAAUGAAGAAGAGGAGGGAGACUCAGAGUGCUCUUCCUUAAGUAUCGUCUCCCCCAGCGAGUCGGUGGCAAUAAUAUCUCGGAGCUGUGUGGAUUUAAUGUCCAAAUCCCUUCCCAAUCAUGAGAAGGUUGUGCGACCAGCCCUCAUCUACAGUCUCUUCCCCAAUGUGUCCCCUACCAUCUAUUUUGGAACUCGGGAUGAAAGAGUGGAGAAACUUCCCUGGGAACAGAGGAAGCUGCUCCGGUGGAAGAUGAGCACAGUGACUCCUAACAUUGUCAAGCAGACCAUUGGACGGUCGCACUUCAAGAUCAGUAAGAGGAAUGAUGACUGGCUGGGCUGCUGGGGUCACCACAUGAAGUCUCCUGGCUUUCGAUCCAUUAGAGAGCAUCAGAAGCUAAACCACUUUCCAGGCUCCUUCCAGAUUGGGAGGAAGGACCGGCUGUGGCGGAACCUGUCUCGCAUGCAGAGCCGUUUUGGCAAGAAAGAGUUCAGUUUUUUCCCCCAGUCCUUUAUCCUGCCCCAGGAUGCCAAGCUCCUGCGCAAAGCAUGGGAGAGCAGUAGCCGCCAGAAGUGGAUUGUAAAGCCACCAGCAUCUGCUCGAGGCAUUGGCAUUCAGGUCAUUCACAAAUGGAGUCAGCUCCCCAAGCGCAGGCCCCUCCUGGUACAGAGGUAUCUACACAAGCCCUACCUCAUUAGUGGCAGCAAAUUUGAUCUUCGGAUCUAUGUUUACGUUACUUCUUAUGAUCCUCUACGGAUUUACCUCUUUUCGGAUGGACUCGUCCGCUUUGCCAGUUGCAAGUAUUCCCCUUCCAUGAAGAGUCUUAGCAACAAGUUCAUGCACCUGACCAACUACAGUGUCAAUAAAAAGAAUGCGGAGUACCAGGCCAAUGCUGAUGAGACAGCCUGCCAGGGCCACAAAUGGGCACUGAAAGCUUUGUGGAAUUAUCUGAGCCAGAAGGGAAUUAAUAGUGAUGCCAUCUGGGAGAAGAUAAAGGAUGUUGUUGUCAAAACCAUCAUCUCGUCAGAGCCCUACGUGACCAACCUACUGAAGUUGUAUGUGCGGCGCCCCUACAGCUGUCAUGAACUCUUUGGUUUUGACAUCAUGCUUGAUGAGAACCUAAAACCCUGGGUCCUCGAAGUCAACAUUUCGCCAAGCCUCCACUCUAAUUCUCCCCUGGACAUCAGCAUCAAGGGCCAGAUGAUCCGAGAUCUCCUGAACCUGGCAGGCUUUGUUCUGCCCAACAUGGAGGACAUCCUCUCCAGUUCCAGCAGCCCCAGCAGCUCCAGCGGCUCUAGCACAAGCCUGCCAAGCUCUCCUAGGGACAAAUGUCAAAUGACUCCAGAGCAUUUUACUGCACAGAAGAUGAAGAAAGCAUAUUACCUGACCCAGAAAAUUCCUGACCAGGACUUCUAUGCAUCUGUGCUGGAUGUCUUGACACCAGAUGAUGUUCGGGUUCUGGUUGAGAUGGAAGAUGAGUUUUCUCGUCGUGGUCAAUUUGAAAGAAUUUUUCCUUCUCGAAUCUCUUCUCGUUAUCUUCGUUUUUUUGAGCAGCCACGAUAUUUCAACAUUCUCACCACCCAGUGGGAACAGAAGUACCAUGGAAACAAGAUCAAAGGAGUAGAUCUGCUCCGGACUUGGUGCUACAAAGGCUUCCACACGGGGAUCGUCUCUGACUCAGCUCCACUGUGGUCUCUGCCAACAUCACUCAUGACUGCCUCAAAGGGUGAUGGGACAUCCAGUGCCAGCAGCAAAUCAGAACGCAUCAGGUCAAGAAAGCAAAGCCGCUCUGAUGGAAACAUGUCAUCCUCUGAAGAUGGGACAACAUCUAAGCCCAAGAAGAGUCAAGCUGGCCUUUCCCGCAUAUCCAGGAAGACUUCAUCCUCAAAGAACAAUGAGAACACCAGCAAACAGCCCAACCGCUCUACCCAGGUGUUACCUGUACUCAAGUACUCUGGGCAGAAUUCCAGACUUUCUGCUUCCUCCGCUUCCCAGUCAGCCAGUGACUCCCUCCUGACUGCUGUGAGCCCAUGACUGGUCUCCUGCGUGGGAGCACUCAGCUACCUCAAGGGAACCAACCUGCUGACCAGCCUGAGCCUCUCUCCCCCUCCACUUUGCCCCUCAUCAGAGUAUUUUUUGAAGUGGUUCUAUUGUAGAUAUGGGCAUCUGGAGGGCUGGAGGGGGGUGGUGAUGGGAGAAGGUAAAGAAGGUUCACCCUCUGUCGCCUCACUUCCUGCCUGGCACCUCAUAUCUUAGUAGAGAUGCCAGUGAUGGCCAAGCAGCCUUAUAAAGCAGGGUUUGGUUUCUAUUCUGAGAGCCAUGUGUGAUUUAUUUGAGGCCCUCAUGCAGGGCUUGAGUGUUGCUCACGAGGAGAAAACGUGCUAAACAGACAAAAGUCUCUUGUUCUGUAAUUGAGAGGGAUUCCUUUAAGGUCUUGAUUUCCUUAGGUCUUUUGUUCCCUACACAUCUUUGUCUUGAAGAGCCAUUUUUAGAAACUCCUAGUCUUAACAAGACAAGCAGGGGAAACCAUGACAGGCUGCACCCAUUUCCUGGCAUUCUGGUCUUGGGGUGACCUCCAUAACAUAUCUCAGUUAAUGUUCCACCCAAUCAGUAGCCCCUCUAUCUUCUGCAUCUCACAGGGCUCCAGAGAAGGAGCCUAGAUGAUUUUAAUCGUGAUUGUGUAGAGGAGGGUGGAACAAGCUGUUGUCUUCUCAACACAGAGAGUCUUUAAUCAGUAUUGCUUUGAGCAGGGUUUGGUGCCUUGGCAGGCAGGUUUUAGCACAAUCAUUUUUGUGGACAGACUUCUCAUCUCUGACAGUUAAUAUUCAGCUAAAUCUACCUCCCUUCUGGACUCAGUAAACACUGAGCACCAAAUAAACACUGCCUGAGUGAACUGUGCACACAACUCUCCAAGGACACUGGCCUCUGAACCAGAAGCACUGCUGUUCUCCCCACUGUGGGCAAGUAGAGCCUAAGGAAGCCCAAGGUGGGAAGAGUUUCACUAAACUAUGGUCUUCCGUAGCCUAGCACUCCUCCUCCCUGGGACCUACAGUGUCUCUAGUUUUUCUAGCAGUGGAGCACAUAAGAAGCCAAUUGGCCCCAUGUCUGCCCUUUGCACACCAGGUUGGAAGCCCAUCAACUCAGUCUCACCCUGAUCUUAUACUCAUUCUUUUGAGUUUUGGAAAGAGGAAAACUUCUUUCUUUAUGGGUCCUGGAGUCCUGUGGAUAAUUGGCAUGGAUACCUGACUGGGUUCAAGGUUACAGAGUAGGUAGAAGUGACUGUCAAGCUGGAUAGCAAAGUCCUCAGCAGUACUUUCUGUUCAAUGAUAAAGACUGCAAAAUCAGUCCGCAGUGGGAGGGAGAGUUCUGGAAAGUCUGAUAUCAAUAGCCAACACCCUCUUGUCCUCCUGGUUACAGUAUUCUAGUAUACACGUGACAAAGAGAAAACAGGCCUCCACUCAGCAACCUUGUGCCUAAUGCAUGUCUCUGGGCAGAGGCCUAAUUGAACCAGUUUAUUCCUUGAAAGUGAACUUUCCUCAGUUCCCAUUAACAGUCAGGGUCCAACCACACAACUGCAUAGAAGGACCAGCAUUGCAGCAGACUGGGGUCCACCAGGGAGAGGGACUUGGGGACCCCCUGAUGAGACAGCAGUACACUGGCAGUUUCUGUUUUGUGUUCUGAGGAAAGGCCUCACUUUGUGACUCAGGCUUGCCUCACAAAUGCUAGGAUAGUCUGUGCAUUGUUGUGCCCAGCCACACACUGAAUUGAAUCUUCCUUACAUUUGAAGGUCUAUGGGUCUGUUUUGCUAGUGGGAGAAAAAUUAGGGUUUAUGUAUUGCCUCACCUUUCAUUCUCAAGAAAAUAAAAUCUUGGUAAAUUAUUUCAUUGCAUAUUUAGCACUGACUAGUUAACAGUAGAUAAUAUUCGGUUGAAUUGAGGGAGUUUUAAAAAGUAAUCGUUUUUGAGAGUUUUAAAUUUGGAAGUGUAGUUGAAUACAUCAGAAUUAUCAGAAUGCAUCAGUUGUUUUCCCAAGUUAAGAGCUUUCCCAGCCUCUGGAAGAACAGAAGCAAAUGCUCCUGAGUCAAGGAAUGAAAUAGUCUUUUUCACUGUAGUGUGAAUGUGAGACCUACCCUGCAGGGUUGUGAAAAAUCUAAGCAAACAAAAGGACUGAGAAUUAUUCUGUGCAAGAAAUGUAAAAAUCUCCCCUUGAAAUGGCAUGGUGGCUCAUGCCCUUAAUCUCAGCACAUUGGAAGCAAAGGCAGACCAGUAAAGCUCUUCCUUAAAGGAAGGGGCACAGCUACAGAGAUAUCCUAGAAGAGGCCAGAACAGUUUCUAGACCCUCACUGCUCUUCACCUAGUGCUCAUCAAAGCACAAUUUUCUUCAUCAUUCCCAUGGAAUCUCUUGGCCGGUUUAAUAUUUACAGCAUGUGAUUGUCCCAGGGAGGGGAACAUUAAGUAUCCUGAAUAUGAAUGUGAAUUGGUAAUUUGGUUAUCCUAAGCACCUUGAUUGACAAAGAAUAAUAAGAGUGAGUGAGUACCUAGUGUCUUAGACUAACAGCACAGAAGAUUCGGAAUCAAAUAGGAACCAGAGGAUUGCUGUGUGGACCUAGCAACGGUGUUGGGAUGGUGUCACUUCGGGUCCAUUCUCGGGAUGGCAUCUAUUUUGCUGAAAGUGACUUCCCAUCGCCAUAGCCAAAGAACAUUCGGUGGUUUCUGCGGCAGCUCAGCACUGCUGAAUUAAAGGUUAAUCCACACACAGCGAUUUCCAUGUCCUGCAGCAGAAUUUGUUACCUGGAAUAAGGUGAUGAGAGGCUGCUAGGGAGCAUCCCCUGUUGGCUUCUUGUUAGUGCUGAAGGCUCCCUCUGCUUACUGCUCGUGUUUAGUUUGCUUUGGGCCUGGAAACAGUGACUUUCAGAGAGCUGUAUUUUGUCACUUGGGAUUUUGAUCCAGCCUCUCCAGCAACGCCUAGCCCUGAACAUUCCUCUAAUACCUGGGGACCUGUGUGGACUCAUUGGACCUCCCUUCGUCAGCUUCAGAUAGUGGGAGCAGCAAACAGUCUUAGGUCGGUCUUAGUGAGUUUCUGAUGGAGAGAUCACAGCAUUGUCGACAUCAGUCUAAGACCCAUUUGUGCCUUAGCCAGCAGAUGUGCAGAGACUGGGAAUACCACCGGUCAACAUUUGAAAUGUCUCUCUAUCUUCUGAAUUUCAGUUUAGUUACCAGGUAUAUCAAUCUCUUGGAUGUAGUUAUGGGGAUUAAAUUGGGUGUAAGACAUCUAAAGAAAAAAUGCCUCGCAUUGUAGAUUUCAAAUAAAUCCUAAAAUAUCAAUGAUCAUCAAGCCAUAUCCUUGGAGUUGCAGCAACAGUACCAGGGGUUUCAGAGCUGUAACAGCUUAGCAGAUGUUCUCAGACCUGUGGUGGCUGUGUCCGACAGUCGGUGCUUCUAAACAGUACACAACUGUUUAACAUUUGCAAGGUAUUGAGUAUGAUAAUAAUCUAGACACCAUUUGAAGUCCACCAGAGAUGUGCGCAGGUUAAAUGUGGCAAAUGAUACUCCAUUUUCCUAAGGGAUUGAAACAUCUGUGUGCUUUGAUACUGGAAGGUCCUAGAACCAACCCCCACAUGGACUGGAGAACUCACUUUGAUUCUGCCCAUGGGAGAUGAGAGCUGUGGAUUUGACCAAGAUAGUUAGCUUGAAAGUUUAGAGCCCUAUCAGCUGCCAGGGGCACAAGUAAAACUUACACUAAUAGGCUCAAAUACUGAAAUGUCCCUGCCUGGAAAUGCAGUCAUCGGUAGAAAUGCCUGUAUUGUUGGCAAGGAUGCACAGGUUCAUUGAUUGCCAGCUUGGCUGUUUAGAAAGAACAUGUGGUCAGAAAAGAAUAGAUGAGCACAUCUGUUCAAUAUAUACAGUUUAGACAUAAGAGGAAAAACUGGGCUACGUGAAAGAAGUCAGAAACGUGUUUGUGCUUCCUGAUUCCAUUCUAGAAAAGGACAUGGGCGUCACAGACAGCAGGGACUGCCUGGGAUUGCCUAGUUAUUGCCUAUAGAUGACUGAGGGGUUGGGGGUUGUAGAGAGCUACAUUGGAGUAUUCUUGUCUUAAUUGUGGUUGUCAUAACUUUAUAUAGUUGGCAGACAUCAAAAUUGUACAGUUGAAAUGAGUAUAUACAUAAUUAAAUAAAGCUGAUAUUCUUU